UCUAUAUGCCUUACACCGUGUGCGAAACCGCGGGAAAAGGGAAAUAAUAUUGUGAAUCUCCACAGUUUUCUUUUUAUUGUGUACUAUUUAUUCAUUUGUUUUUAAUGUGUAGCUUAUCAAUACAAAUUUAGAAAAUAUCGUACUUUUCAUGCGUUGAUUUACGCGAUCAUUGAUGAUUGUAACAAGUUGGAGAACAAAAAAUUGAGUGACAUGUGCGAUUGUUGAUCAUUGUUGGUUAUGCGUACUGUGCCGAGUUCGCGCCAAAACUGUGUUUUAUGCUCUCGACUCAAUCACGAGGGGAAAUUGUUAGUUUAGUGUGUUUGUCAAAAAAUAAUACUAGUAAAUUAUGCCACUCGUGAGAAAGCCAAUGCGCUAUGCGCAUCCAGAAGGUCAUACUGACGUUUGUUAUUUUAUGGGUGAAAAAGGUGGACUUGUUACAUGUGGUACUGAUGGAGAUGUUCGAACCUGGAUAGAUUUAAUGGAUGAUGAUCCAUCAGCUAGUUGUAUUUCUGAACAAGCUAUAGCUGUGGUUUCAAAAAAAGAAAAAUUGUUUGUUGGAAACGACAAUAAUACAGUGCAGAUUCUAAGUCAUCCAGAUCUUGAAAAAGCAGGAAUAUUGGCAAGAUUUUCUGCUGCUGUAUCUACUCUUUCAACCACAAAGGAUAGCGACUUAAUUGCAUCUGGUGCAUGUGAUAUGCGAAUCCAAGUUAUAAAUAUAAGUACAUCAGACAGUUUUGAACUAAAUGGUCACGAAGCUCCAAUAUUAGGAUUAUCACUAGAUCCAAAGGAAGAAUUUUUGGCAUCGUCGAGUGGUGAUGGUACAAUUAGAAUAUGGAGUAUUAAAGACAAAAAGUCAGUUCAUACAUGGAACAAUGUUGUUCCAAAGUGUAACGGUUUUUUUACAGCAAAAGUUUAUGCUACUCCCUCUUUUCAAAGUAAAAAUGGAGAAUAUCUGGCAUAUCCUCAAGGAAAAGAGAUAAUAGUUGUAGAAAGAUCUUCAUGGAAGGAAACAUUCAGAUUAAGAUCAACUGAUAUAAAAAAUGAGUUAAGUAUCUGUAAAUUCUCUGAAUGUGGAACUCUAUUGGCAGCCAGUUCUACUUAUGGAGAAAUAGUUGUUUGGAAUGUUGAUAGUAAAGAAGUUGUUGGGUAUGUAGAACAUCAGCAAAAUGCAAAAAUUACUUCACUUGUCUGGAAUCCACAUAAAUCUGAUGAAAUUGCAUUUUGUGAUGCCCUGGGACAACUUGGUUGUAUUGAAGUUAACAUAUCAAAGUCUUUUGAUGACUUAAAAGCAGAAUCUAUAACGGACGGAAAUAUAGCUGAUGAUGACUUUAUGUUUAAUGAUAACGACGAUGAAGAUGAUAAUGUAAUAUCAUUAAGCAAAAUUAAAGCUUCUGUUAUUGAUGAAGAUCAAAAAAGUGUGUCCAGUGUUGUCACAGAAAAAAUUGAAGAAAAACGCACUUUACCUGAAAUAAAUUUACAAGAGCCGUUUCAACCUGGAUCGUCUCCCGUUCAUUUAUUAUCACGCUAUAUGAUGUGGAAUGACGUAGGAAUUGUAAUGUGUUUUAAAUCCGAGGAUGAUGAAGACAGCAAUAUAGAAGUCAAUUUUCAUGAUGUUACAGUGCAUCAUUCUAUGCAUAUUAAUAAUUACCUUCGCCAUACAAUGGCAGCAUUAUCUAAUGAAGCUCUAGCGCUUGCAGCUCCAGCAUAUGAUGGUUCUCCAAGCAAAAUUGUUGUAGUAGCCCUACAAGGCUGGGGUUCUGGAAAUAAAGAAUGGAGUAUGGAUCUUCCUGAUGGUGAAGAGGCACUUGCGAUUGCAGCGGGAAAUAAUUUUGUAGCAGUUGCAACCAGUGCUAGGACUUUAAGGAUAUUUAUGCCUGGUGGAUCUCAAAGAGAAGUUUUAGCUUUGCCUGGAUCAAUAGUUGCUAUGAAUGGUUAUGGAAAUAAUCUAGCAGUAGCUUAUCAUUCUAGUAUAGGGGCCUUUGGUGAUCAAAUUUUAAGUUUACUGUGGGUACGCAUCUGCGGUCCGAAUUUGAAAAGUCACACUUUGCCAGUGCCACUUUCACCGGCGUCCAAUUUAAUGUGGCUAGGUUUUUCCGAUCUUGGUUCACCUGUAGUCAUGGAUGCUGAGGGAAUAAUAAAUAUUUAUGAUAAGAAAGCAUUCUUGUGGAGAGUUGCUAGUAAUACAAAUAGACAGAAUAAAGGCAAGUUUGAUAGCUAUUUUAUCAUUGGCAUAAGUGAGUCAGAGAGAAGCGCUCGAUGCAUCUUGUGUAAAGGAAGUCAUUACCCUCCGACAACUCCCCGUCCAAUCGUCACAGAAAUACCACUUAUUAUUCCACUUUGUGAUCCCGAGAGUGAAAAAUCUGAAAAAGAAGCUAAAGUUUGGCAACUUGGUAGUAAUCCGGUUGACGAAAGAGAAGCUGUAUUGGCUCUAGUAGCUAAUGCUUGCCGCAAUAAUGUUCAGUUCCGCGCUGUCGAGCUAUGUCAACAAAUUGCCUCUCAAAAAGUUAUAGAAUUGGCAAUCAAAUACGCAGGACGUCUUAAUAAAAUUGCUUUAGCCAACAAAUUGGAAUCCAUUGCAGAUACCAAAGAACCUGAUGAAAUUAUUAGAGAAGUUGGAACACAAGAAGAUAUUUUUAACGAUCGCAUUGAAACUCCCGAUGAAGAUGAACUUCUUGUAACACCAUCUGUUAAAACGCCAGAUGUGGAAAUAAAACCACUUACUCCUAGUCAAACAUUCUCACGACGAAAUAAUCCUUUUAAAAAAAAAGGAAAUACGCCUAUAUCUAAAGGUCUUAUGGGAUUGGAUAAACUUCCGGAAAAACCAAAACCAGUAUCUACCGCACCAAUUAGUGCGCCUAAAUCCAAGAAGCCUAAGGAGCCUCCAACUCAUUCAUUUGUGAAUUGGUUAACAAAAAAUAAAAAAAAAGUGGAAGAAGAAUAUGCGGACCUGGAGCCUAACCAACGCAUGAAAAUCGCUUACUCGCGAUUCGAGGAAGAAACUAAGUCAAGAACAAACACUAACGAAGUAUCAGAUGAUGAAACCAGUAAAAAAAGAAAAUUAAGUCCAGUGGAUCUGGUACAGGAGGCCAUGGGCACCUUGGGGCCCUGGCACAUAGUCAUCGCCGUGGCCGUGUCUCUCGUCAAGUUUCCUGUGGCUUGGCAUCAGUUGUCCAUAGUCUUCCUUGCCCCGGACGUCGACUUUACAUGCGCUUCGCCGAAACCUUUCAACAGCUCGAUGGCCUUGGACAAGCAUUGUAGUGUUAAUGUCGGCAAUGACACCGUGGAGAAGUGCACCAAGUUUCACUACGAUAGGAGCAUUUUUCGGGAGACCAUCAUAACGGAGUGGGAUUUGGUGUGCGACAGAAAGUAUUUGGCUGAUUUAGUUCAGUCUUUAACGAUGUUUGGAAUUUUGGUCGGUAACAUGAUAUUCGGCAUAAUGUCCGACAGGAUCGGACGUAAAAUCCCUCUGAUGAUUGCGAUAUUUAUACAAUCCGUGACUGGAUUCGUAACCGCGUACUCGCCCUGGUAUGAAUUUUUCUUAGUAUUCAAAUUUAUUUCUGCCGUAGCUACAGGUGGAACUAUGCUUAUUAGUUUUGUUUUGCUCAUGGAAAUCGUGGGACCAAAAUGGCGCUCGACAUUGUCGGUUUUGUUCCAUUUACCUUUCCUGCUAGGUUUUCUCAUGAAUCCCUUGAUAGCUUAUCUGACGAGAACGUGGACCGGCUUUCAAAUGGCCGUGUCCAUACCGCCGAUAUUCCUGUUAUCGUAUUAUUGGAUUGUGCCGGAGUCGCCGAGAUGGUUGCUGGCGGUAGGCAGAACGAGCGAAGCCGAAGCGAUUCUGACAAAGGCAGCGGAAAAGAACAGAAUCCCUUUGAGCAAAGUUACUGCCGUCAUCGAGGCUCAUAACGUCCAGGCGAAAGCGCAAAAAAAGCAAGAGGUCAAGUACAAUAUAACGCAUCUCUUCCGAACACCGAAUCUUCGGAUCAAGACCCUUUGCAUAUGCGUCAAUUGGUUCGUUUGCGGACUGUGCUUCUUCGGGCUGGUUCAGUUCAUGGGAAAAUUAGCUGGAAAUAUUUUUGUCAACACCGCCCUUUCGGCCGCUGUGGAGUUGCCAGGAACUAUCAUAGUUUUGUACUUGAUAUCGAGGGUAUCAAGGCUACGUAUUCUCAUAGGCGGCAGUGCCGUUUCAGGGGUCAUGCUCUUACUGUUAAUCUUCUUUGAGAACCCGACGAUCCGAGUGACUCUGGCGACGAUAGGUAUUGGGGGUAUGUCCUUAUCCUUUCCGACUGUCUACCUCUACAGCAGUGAAGUCUUCCCCACAGUGGUCAGGAAUGUCGGCAUCGGUGCCGGUAGCACCUGCGCUAGAAUCGGCAGUAUGAUAGCGCCAUUUGUCGUUAGGAUGGGAGGGACGUGGCCGUGGUUACCACCGCUUUUGUUCGGCUCAGGACUACUUUUUGGAGUUGCUCUCUGUUUUUUCUUGCCAGAAACCAUGAAUUGCGAAUUGCCAGAAACGAUAGAGGACGGAGAAAACUUUGGAAAGAAAAGACCAAGGGAGAACACUGUUUGAAGACUUACAUUAUCAGAUAAUUUUUUUAUAUCAAGCUAUAUUUUAUCGCAGAACAAUUUAAUGUCGUCGACUUUUUUAUAUACUCAUCAAAAAAUAUCAUUCAUUGCAUCUAAUUGGGGAGACUGACAAUGAUUUUAAUGCUCAACACUGAUCUAAGUGAGCUUUUUGUAAAAAAAAACACAUUCAUGUGACUUUGUACAUUUUCUAAAAAAAAAUAUGGAAUGCGGAUUGCUUGCAUUACUGCAUUCUGUACUUUUAAUAUGAUCUUAUAUUUUUAUAGUAUUUAGAAUUAAAUUUGCGAAGUUACUUUAAAUAAGUAUAUAAAAUUUCUUAUUUAUACCAUAAUGCGCUUCUGAUAUAUUUUUAUUUAAAAAUAUACAAGAAUACACAACUAUACUAUAUUAAGUUCUAUUAUAAUCGAAUAUAAAAUACACGCAUUUAUCAGACAGUCUUUGUACAUGUAUUAAUUUAAAAAAUCACAAAUAAUUAUCGAUACAACAUUUAACUCUCUAAAUAAA